AUGACUGUUUCCCAUGCCACCACAGCAGAGCCGGGACCACGAGUCCAGUCAUUGAAUGUAUCUCGGUACUUUUCUUUCCAGGACGAUCAUCAAAGGAGCUGGUGGGAGCACACGGCACCGCUUUUAAGCCGAAUCUUGGAGUCGGCACAGUACGACCUCCACCACCAGCACCUGUACCUGGUGCUGUACCGCAGCCUUCUCGUUCCUUUCCUAGGACCUCACCCUCACCAGUGGGAUUCCUUCAUCACAUACUGUGGGUUGCCUGUGGAGUUUAGUAUCAACUACCAGGACCAUGGACCUCCCACGGCUCGUAUUGGGUGGGAGCCCGUCAGCCAUCUGUCGGGCACCCCCGACGAUGUCUUCAAUCUCCAUACCGUUGAGAAGGCCGUCUCCACACUAUCCAAGCUGUCACUGAAGGGCUUUGAUACGCAACUUUUCACUCACUUUCUCAAAACUCUGACCGUGAGUCAUGAGCAAGCGGCCACCAUUGACGUCGCCCAGCUGCCCAUCUCGCGCUUCAAGAACCAAGCCUCGUUCGGCCUCGACCUCAAGGGUGGUGAGGUGACAGUCAAAUGUUACAUCUAUCCCGCCCUUAAGGGCUAUGUGACGGGUAAUUCGUUCCGCCAGCUACUCGAUGAUGCUCUUCAUGCCGGGAGUGCCCUGGCGCCAUACCCGGAGGCACUCUCAGUCGUGCAUGACUAUAUGGAGAGCGCCGGGCUUUACAAUCAAUACUCUUUCCUGGGAUUUGACUUUGUUAAUCCGGUCAAGUCCCGGCUGAAGAUAUACGCGACCGUUCAGGAAGUGAGCUGGGCGAAAAUCCAAGAUAUCUGGAUGGUUGGCGGACGCUUCCGUGACGAUCUGAAUCUCCAGCGUGGGCUUGGAUUUGCACGUGAGCUAUGGCUUCGGCUCACAGGCGACACGGACAAAAUGGCUGUUGGGAUCUGGAAUUACGAGUUAGCCCCAGGCAGUGCGGUUCCGAUGCCCAAGUGGUAUUUCAUCUUGCACGGGCAAAGCGACUAUGAGAAUGCGCAAGCCGUGGUCAGCUUCUACCAAUCGCUUGGAUGGAUUGACUUGGCCAAGCGGUUCCUCCCAUCUUUUCAAAGCUACUUUCCCACCCAGGACUUGAAAGAGACGACGCAUCUUCUGCAGUAUGUCUCUUUGGCAUAUUCGGAGAAGACAGGCCCGUAUGUGAGCGUCUACUAUCAUUCUUCAGAGUAG